AUGCCUGAUUCCAAAGACGCCAAAGCGGAUGCAUACAGCAAAGUCAGUGUUGAGAGAAAAGAUGAUAUCACAUCUGGAGAAAUCCGAGACAUUGGGGCCAAUCUGUAUGCCGAAGCCGACCAGCUGUCGCCUGAGGAGCUUGAACGCGAAGGUAUCGAAGUUCGCAAACUCCUCGACUGGCGUAUUCUACCCAUGCUGUAUGUGACAUAUGUCAUACAAUACUUGGACAAGCUGUCUCUCAACUAUGCCUCCGCGUAUAGCCUUAUCCCGGAUCUCGGCUUGGAGGGUCAAAGAUACUCCUGGGUUGCGGCUAUCUUCAACUUUGGAUAUUUGUUCUGGGCAAUUCCCUCCAACCUUAUAAUUCAACGCCUGCCACUGGCAAAAUACAUGGGUUCGGUACUCUUAAUCUGGGCAGCUAUUGUCAUUGCACAUAUUGGAGCCAAGAAUUACGCAGGUAUUCUGGUGUUGCGAUUUCUCUUGGGGAUGGCAGAGGCUUGUGUCAGCCCUUGUAUGAUGAACUUUACAUCUAUGUUCUACAAGCGCUCUGAACAGCCUCUGCGGAUGAGCCUGUGGCUCUCUGGAAAUGGAAUGGCGACCAUGGUGGGAGCACUUUUGGGGUUCGGGCUAGGCCACACCGAUAACUCCAGCCUCCGAAGUUGGCAACUAAUUUUUCUCACAAUCGGGUUGCUUAAUUUCGUCACAGGAUGCUUAUUUCUCUGUCUCAUGCCUGACUCCCCGAGUACGGCAAAGUUUCUCACCCACCGACAACGUGUGGUGGCGGUCCAACGAGUAUCGGAGAAUAUGAUCGGAGUCAAGACGAAACAAAUCAAGCUACAACAAGCCAUCGAGAUCCUCUACGAUAUCAAGGUCUUCUCCUAUAUUGGCAUCGGACUCGGCUGUGGCGUCAUCAACGGCGGAGUGUCUAACUUCGCAUCAUCUUUGAUCAAGGGCUACGGAUUUAGCGGUAUCUACGCGACACUUCUCCAGCUACCCACCGGGGCGAUUGAGGCCAUUGUGGUGCCCAUCUGCGGCCUGAUCUCAACAUACGUCCGCGACUCGCGCUGCAUAGUCCUUGCAGUUGUCUGUCUCAUUCCAUUUGGCGGCCUCCUCGGCAUUCGCUUCACCGAUAUCCAACACCGAUGGACUCUGGUGGGCUGCACCUGGCUGCAGUAUAUCAUCGGCGCCCCGGUGAUCGUAUCCUGGAAUCUACUCUCCACUAACGUAGCCGGACACACAAAGCGCUCCUUUGCCAAUGGAUUCUGGUUCACGAUGUAUGCGGGCGGUAAUGUGGCUGGCGCUAAUAUAUUUUUUGAUCAUGAAGCACCCCGAUACUACUCCGCCCUUAUGGGUCUCCUCAUCUGCUAUGCAGGAAUGAUCGUUCUAUCGGCAAUUGCGUACGUGGCAAUGAAAAUUGAGAAUAUCCGUAGGGAUCGUCGUAUGUCGGCAGAGGAGAACCUUGAUGGGCGUAAUGAGGCCGCCGUGCUGGAUGGAUUCAAGGAUAUGACAGAUAUGGAGUCGAAGCAUUUUCGGUAUGCUCUUUGA